GUAGCGCUUGAACUCUAAUGAGGUUCAGAUGUUUGUCAUCAGAUAACAAGAGAAAGAGAAGAUAUUCGUUGUGAAGAUUAGAGAACAAAAGGAAGAUUGUUUCGGUUUCCAAGAUGCUAACACGUUCAUAAUGUGCGAUAGGAAUUACGAUCUUUAAGUAUGGAGCCAAAAACUGUAGUUCAGAUAAGGUAUUGCUGUAUUUCAUACGGCGAAGUAAUUUUGGUGUCUCAUCAAACUGAAGCAGAAAAUUAUACUCCAAUGAUCCAUUCAGUAUUACGGACCUUGAACAGCACAGAAGACAAGAAGUUAGCAUUCCCAGUUGACAGCUUUCAGGUUCAUGUUUUAAUCGAAAAUGGCAUAGCAUUUACUUGUGUGACAUAUUUAACCAGAAAACAUUAUCUUCCGUUCUCAUUUCUGGAUGCAUUAAAGGAGAAGUUUCUUGAGGUUCCUAGUCUAUGCAGUAGGGCUGUGACAGCAAGUGAAAAUGAAUUUGACAGGGACUUUUGCCCUGUCAUGGCUUCAGUAGUGUAUGACUUUAACAUUGGACGAGGUGACAAAGUGUCUAAGCUUCGUGCCCAGGUGGAAGAUGUGAAACAAAUUAUGUUAGACAAUGUAGAUAAGGUAAUAGGGCGUGGUGAAAGGUUAGAUGACUUACUGUCCAAAACAGAAGAUCUGGAGUCACAUGGUACAGUUUUUCGUCAAGGAGCCCGUGACAUCAGAGUUAAAAUGAGGUGUAAGAACCUUAGAAUGUGGCUUGUGAUUGGUGGAUUGCUGACACUUGUGCUUACCGUUACUAUUUUAUCGGCUUGUGGUGUGAUACAUUGGUGAGAUUUCAUGCCUGCCAUGUGUUUGAAUUAUCAAUGUAUGAUACAUGUGCCGUGCUUAAUAUUUGGUUCAUUAUUUUGUCUGGAUUAAUCAUGAUGUGGAAUUUUAGUAUCGAAUGAACUGGAAAGGGUACUUGCCAUUUCUCUGCAGAUAAUGAACACUAAGGUGAUGAAACCUUUAUAUAACUUUUUUUAUCAUACCAAAAAUAUUUGUAAACUUCAUAUAUUUAAUUACAUUUUGCAAAGUUA